CUUUCAUCUUCGACCAUGAAACGCGACAAUAAAUAGUUCUCCAUGAAUUCUUCAAAAAAUCUUCUCUCGCUACUAUGGAGGAAGAAGGCUGGAGCAUCUCAGCACAUCCAAGCACAGUCCUGUCCUCAAGCAAAGGAGACAGAGCAUCCAGGUGUGCCCGAAAGACCAGAUCUAUGUGAACGAUGCAAUCUAAUCUUCGCAACGGCUGAUAAUCUCAGGAGCUUAGUUUCGAGCCAAGGUCUCACUUACUAUGGUCCGCAGGAGCUUGAUGAGCACGCUGAGGCGGGUUGUCGUAUGUGCAGGCUCCUGCGCUAUAAAUUCACUCCCGACCGUCCCGUCGGGACGUUAUACCUCCAGGGAUUAACAAGAGACGUUCCCAAAGCGACAACACAAUAUCCAUCGCAUAUUCGUUCCAUGGGGCAUUUGUCAAUCAAAUGGAAUACGAUCGAGAUCCGCAUUCAUGGUUACACGGACGAUCCAGUAUUUUCAUAUAUUGAAAUUGACCCCUUGUCAUAUGAUACUGGUAGCGCCUUCGUGGCUAGGCGCUACAAAAAGGCUCUCCAGGAGUGUCUCGAACAUCAUGAGUGCGGAAGUCGACAUUUUUCAACCCUGCCAUCCAGAGUCAUCGAUGUGGGGUUGGAAGAUGGUAGCAUCGAACCCAAACUUUACGUUUCUGAUAGCACAGAGAAAGUGCCUUACACAACGCUCAGCUAUUGCUGGGGUGAUAUAGCGCAACUCACGACAACCAAUGCUACAGUAGAAAAGCAUCGACAUUGCAUGCCCAUGAAUAUAUUAUCGCUGUCUGUGCAAGACGCAAUCACAGUUACUCGUCAUCUUGGGAUUCGAUAUCUUUGGGUAGAUGCACUAUGUAUUAUUCAGGAUUGUCCGACAGACGUGGCGAGAGAGAUAAACAAAAUGGGGGAUAUUUAUUCAAAUUCUACCUUGACGAUAGCCGCUACAAGAUCUAUGCGCGCAGCGGAUGGGUUUCUGGAGAGGUACUUCUUCGACCAACCGGCAAGGCCUACCGAGGACCGCUACACCAUGCGAGGAGCCGCAGAACCCGAGCCGGCUGGUAGAUUCUUUCUCCCCAUUCUUCUUGCAGAUGGAACUUUCGGAAAUAUCAGUAUGUCGAAGAGUCCGCCCCGUGAAUGGGACCGUGGGCAUUUAGAAUCCAGAGGAUGGACACUUCAAGAAUUUCUCUUGUCCAAAAGAUUACUAGUCUUUGGCCAUGACGGGGAUGUGCGAUGGCACUGUUUGCGAACACCUGGUUUCAACUCUGUUCUCUUUCCAUCUCAUUCGGAAGAAACAAAAACCAUAAAUAGCAGCCUAUUCUUUCUUCACGCAGCUAUCUCGGGCCGCGGAGAAAGAGUUUGGAGUGACAUUAUCAAUGAAUAUAGCGGCCGCAAACUUACAGUGAUUGAAGAUCGUCUUCUCGCGAUUGCUGGUAUAGCAGCGGAGCUAAACAAGGAAUGGAAAUACUCAUACGUUGCUGGUAUGUGGGUAGAGAAAUUGCAGCAAGAUGUUAUGUGGGAGAUUUUAGAUGAAGGUGUUGAGAUCUAUCCUGUCUCUCAGCAAUACAUCGCUCCUAGUUGGUCCUGGGCUUCAGUCAAUAAGCAAGUCAUUUGCCCCUAUAAUGACCGGAGAUGGGUUGCCGAGAUACUCAGCUGUUAUGUCGUCCUUGCCGAUCCUGGCGUUCCGUUUGGCCGAGUCAAAGAGGGAGUUUUAAGUAUCCGCGGAGAGACCUGCCCCGAAAGUCGAGCUACGGAAGGCGACUUCUCGGGUCCUCAAUAUUAUACAAAACUAGACGAUAUGUCGUCCGGCUCCUCGAGUCUGAACAUACUCCUGAGGGUCACCCAUACCACGAAAGGCAGUAAAGGGACUUCUCAUAUUGGUUCAUCUGGUUUCAUUUUGCAGCCUGUCGAGGACGGCAAGUUCAGAAGAGUUGGCGUAUUCUCUUACGAUGCCCGAAUUUUUUCUUGGGAACCCCAACGCCAGACACCGACCAAUAAAACAGAUUGGACAACGCAGGUAGUCAUUAUUGUCUGACAACACGAGAUGAUCAAUGUUUCUCUAAGGAGCAGCUUUUGCUCCUGUGAAGGGAGCACGUCGAUCAUGAUUGUGUAGAGUUCCGGAGAGACCUUUCACUUCUGGACUUGGUCGAUGUGAUGGCUGCUGAAUGUAACGACUUGACUUCUUUUUUAGAAUUCUAUUACCCAAGUUGUAUGUAGGC